UUUAGUGCAAGUAUUUCUUGUAUUUUUUUUGUCCUUUAGAUCUGGCGUCGAGAAAAACUGCCAAAAUCUCUAUGGGAUUUCUUGAUCCUUGAGAUCGAAUAUCUUGUCGGAAGUGUUUUCAAGGCUGCUGCUUAAACCCCAACCUGAUUUUAACCUUUCUAUUCAUUAUCUUUUUUCUAGGAAGGGUAAAAAUCAAGAAAUGGUUCUAUAAUUAUGUAUUUUUGAUCUGUCAAAGCUCAUAAAGGAAUGGUAGUUGUAUGUGUUUUCUUGGUGUACAUGAUUUGAAUCCUUUUCUGCUAUAUCUAAUAUCAGUUCAAAUCACUUUAAAUACCCUUUUUCCAUGCAGCUUAUUUAUAAGACUCUAGGAGCCCGAUAUAUCUGAUAGAGUGGCAAUUAAUCUGUAUUUAUUGGGUUUCACAAGCCUUGCAAAAACCUCCCCUAUCAUUUAAAACUACUUAGUUCUUUUCGUAUUAUAUCAAGAUUGUUUUUAUUCUUUGAAGAUUCACUACACGACAAGAUUUUUGUAUUCAUUUACUUCUCAUCAGGCAUUUAACACUUCGAAAUCUAGCACCCACUUGUGGGUUUUGCCAUCAAUCCAUCCUUUUAGCUCUAAAGUGCCAUACAUUCACUUAAAGAGCAUAUAAAGAAGUUUGUACUCUGUUCUUGCAUUGUAGAGUUCUGAGUUUUUGAGAGAGAGAUGGCCAAGAAGUUGCCUGUCUUUUCAUUGAAGCACCUUUUGGUGGUGUCCUUAGCCUUGAAUGUGAGUUUGAUUUGGAGGGCGAUGUAUGAGAGUGAAAAAUGGAGUCUUUAUCGUGCGCUGUCACUGCAGCAACAGAGAAGUUCUGUAAUCGAUGAUUGUGGGUCACAAGAUGAGGCGCACGUUAGCAAGAAGAAGCAUCUCCCCACUUCAUUACCUUCCUUGGAUAGUAGCAUUGUCAUCGAAUCCGAAGAUGGCGGGGAAAGAAUUAUCAAUCUUGACCACGGGGAUCCAACUAUGUACGAGAAAUAUUGGCUGCAAGUGGGUGACAAGGCCACAAUAGUGAUUCCUGGGUGGCAAUCAUUGAGUUAUUUCUCUGAUGCGAGUAGCCUUUGUUGGUUUCUUGAACCUGAGUUUCGUAGACAAGUUGUUAGAUUGCACAAAGUGGUUGGAAAUGCAGUAACAGAGAAUCGUCACAUUGUUGUUGGGACGGGUUCAACGCAGCUAUUCCAGGCUGCCCUUUAUGCUCUGUCGCUGCAGGAUGCAUCGGAACCCGUCAGUGUUGUUUCAGCAGCUCCUUUCUAUUCUUCCUAUCCCUCAAUUACUGAUUGCCUCAAGUCUGGGUUGUAUAAAUGGGCCGGUGAUGCUCAAAGUUUUGAUACAGAUGGUCCAUACAUUGAACUAGUUACUUCCCCGAACAACCCCGAUGGAUUUGUUCGGCGAUCUGUGGUGAAUCGCAGUGGGGGAAUAUUGGUUCAUGACCUUGCUUAUUAUUGGCCACAAUAUACUUCAAUAUCCUUUCCUGCAGAUCAUGAUCUUAUGCUGUUUACUAUUUCAAAAAGCACUGGUCAUGCUGGGAUGCGAAUUGGUUGGGCACUUGUCAAAGAUGCCGAGGUUGCCAAGAAAAUGACAAAAUUCAUAGAGCUCAACACCAUUGGUGUAUCUAAGGAUUCACAGCUUCGAGCAGCCAAGGUUUUGAACGUUGUUUCUGACAGCUGCAAACCAUCCAGCAGUGAAAUGGAGUGCUUCUUCAAGUUGAGCCACCAGCAAAUGGCCAUGAGGUGGAAGCAACUCAGAGUGGCUGUGAAAAAGAGUGGUCUAUUCAGUGUGCCUGACUUUCCGCCUGAAUUCUGCACAUUUCUUGGUCGUGCCUUCGAGCCUCAGCCUGCUUUUGCAUGGUUAAAAUGUGAACAAGAUAUAACUGACUGCGAAAGCUUCCUUAGGCGCAAGAACGUCUUGACAAGAAGUGGGAAGCACUUCGGCUUUAGCCCAAAAUAUGUGAGAAUAAGCAUGUUAGAUCGAGAUGAAAUUUUCAAUCUUUUUAUACAUAGAUUGUCCAACAUGAUAUCAUAACAGCACAUCAACAUCGAGCCAAGAGGAGCCACUCUUGUAUAUGUUGAAGAAGAAUUCAGCACGCUUUUAUGGAUCUACUUGUAUGAUCUUGAUUUUGCUGCUGUUGCUAGAGUUCAUCUGACUGUAAGUGGAAUUAUGGGUCAGGGAUUAUUAUUCUUAUCGACUAUUAAUUUCAUGUAGGUUCCAUUUGCUCCUGGGGAAAGACACAAAGUGCGAAACAGCUAUAGAAAUAGAAUAUAGAAUUUUCCCUGUUA